CCCUCCCGCUCAGACCUGAAACGCUUCUCUGAGGCCCGCAGAACCAGCAAACUGUCCACCUUUGUUAACUUCCCCAUGAAGGAUCUCGACCUGCGGGAGUUUGCCUCGGAAAACUGCCUCAAUGCAGUGUACAACCUGUACGCAGUUUCCAACCACUCAGGCACCACUAUGGGCGGCCACUACACAGCCUACUGUCGCAACCCAAACUCAGGAGAAUGGUACACGUUUAAUGACUCCAGAAAAACCAAUGGAGGAGUCGGUAGUGCAACGUCAGUCACUGCUGGUGAGCUGUCACCAAACUGUCCGGCUGUCAGCGCUAACCAAAUAUAGAUGAAGAUUCUCUUCCUGCCUAAGGUACACAUUUGUAAUUGAUUCCAAUGA